CCAUAAAGCCCUUGACAUCCCAAGAGCCAGCAGAGGCUGGGCAGGAUGGAGCGAAGACGUAUCACCUCUGCUCGUCGCUCCUAUGCCACCUCUGAGACGGUGGUCAGGGGCCUGGGUCCCAGCCGCCACCUGAGUACCAUCCCACGCUUCUCUCUGUCUCGAAUGUCUCCUCCACUCCCUGUCAGGGUGGACUUCUCCCUGGCGGGGGCUCUCAAUGCUGGCUUCAAGGAGACUCGGGCCAGUGAGCGCGCGGAGAUGAUGGAGCUCAAUGACCGCUUUGCUAGCUACAUCGAGAAGGUCCGCUUCCUGGAACAGCAAAACAAAGCGCUGGCAGCUGAGCUGAACCAGCUUCGUGCCAAGGAGCCCACCAAACUGGCUGACGUCUACCAGGCAGAGCUGCGGGAGCUGCGGCUGCGGCUGGACCAGCUUACGGCCAACAGUGCCCGGUUGGAGGUGGAGAGAGACAAUCUGGCACAGGACCUCGGCACCCUGAGGCAGAAGCUCCAAGAUGAAACCAACCUGAGGCUGGAGGCCGAGAACAACCUGGCUGCCUAUAGACAGGAGGCAGAUGAUGCUACCAUGGCCCGUCUGGAUCUGGAGAGGAAGAUUGAAUCACUGGAGGAGGAGAUCCAGUUCUUGAGGAAGAUCCAUGAGGAGGAAGUUCGAGAACUCCGGGAGCAGCUGGCCCAGCAGCAGGUCCAUGUGGAGAUGGAUGUGGCCAAGCCAGACCUCACAGCGGCCCUCAGAGAGAUUCGAACUCAAUAUGAGGCAGUGGCCACCAGUAACAUGCAAGAGGCAGAGGAGUGGUAUCGGUCCAAGUUUGCGGACCUCACAGACGCUGCUUCCCGCAACGCAGAGCUGCUCCGCCAGGCUAAGCACGAGGCUAAUGACUAUCGCCGCCAACUGCAGGCCUUGACCUGCGACCUGGAGUCCUUGCGCGGCACGAACGAGUCCCUGGAGAGGCAAAUGCGUGAACAAGAUGAGCGCCACGCGCGGGAGUCGGCGAGUUACCAGGAGGCGCUCGCCCGGCUGGAGGAGGAGGGCCAAAGCCUCAAGGAGGAGAUGGCCCGCCACCUGCAGGAGUACCAGGAUCUACUCAACGUCAAGCUAGCCCUGGACGUCGAGAUUGCCACCUAUAGGAAAUUGCUGGAGGGCGAGGAAAACCGCAUCACCAUCCCUGUACAAACUUUCUCCAACCUGCAGAUCCGAGGGGGCAAAGGCACCAAAGAAGGGGAAGGCCACAAAGUCACCAGACAUCUCAAAAGGCUCACGAUACAAGUUAUACCCAUACAGGCUCACCAGACUGUAGAUGGAGCCCCGCCAGCGCGAGAAACCAGCUUGGACACCAAGUCCAUAUCAGAAGGACACCUCAAGAGGAACAUCGUGGUAAGGACAGUGGAGACGCGGGAUGGCGAGGUCAUUAAGGAGUCCAAGCAGGAACACAAGGAUGUGAUGUGAGGUGUGCCCACCUGGCGGCCCCUGCCACACAGUGUCAAGGGCCCAAAGCUCCUCCUCAGAUAGCCCUGUUCCCAUCCACACCAGCACUCCCCUUCCUUCAGUUUUUAUGCCUGUCUGCUGCCUGAGGCUCAGUCCUUACUGAGCCUGACAGAUGGCACAUACUCUGCACCUCCAACUAACAGGAUACUCACUCCAAAGGGGCAGUCGGGAGGGGAGGGGCCAGCAGCUGAGGUAGAAUUGCAAGGAAGGAGGAAAGUUGGGCAGAGCAGGGAGCCUUAACAGAUCAUUUCCUUCAUCCUUGUUGGUAUGGAAACUGUUGCCAGAGCUGAGGUCUCUGGGAACUGGACUUUGAGUUUCCAUAGGCUGCUGGAGGAAGACAGAAAGUCAGAGAGAAAGGGGAGGUCCCACGGCAAAGUAGCUCUAGCCAGAGACUUAUGCUUCCAGAAUAGCCCUGACUGAUCUAGGAGUGGGUAGGGCAGACUCGCUACCUGGAAUGGCCACUAAGGCGGGUGGUCCUAAGGGCCCUCCAGAGUGAUAACUCGUGUCUCAGACCCUCUGAGUUGCCACACAGCUUAGCAGCCUGUGAGCGUGUGGAGACUUGGUUCUCAGCACUUGGGGGGAUCUAUAGCAUAAGUGGAGAGGGAAGUAGUAUUGGGAGGGAGUAGAGGUGGGGUACCUGGCCCCUAAGUGUGGAUGCUGAGAGGUCAAGCCCAGGAAGGCUCCCCUACUCAGGCUGCAGGAGCGCCAGUGGUGGCAGCACCGGUGGAGAUGAUUUAGACAUUGGAGUUGGAAGUUGUAGGCAACCAGUUACACUUGGCUCUGAAUCCUGGGAAUCAAGGAAAUGCCCCAUUCUCCUGAAGACCGUGAAACAGGAGAGAGGGACUUCUGUCCGUUGUCUUGGUUGUGAAGGUCUAUUCCUGGCUGCAUAGUCCCCAUCCACUCACCUCUCUGCACCCUGUGACUGCUGCUUCUCAACCCUGAUGAAACCACAACCAUCCUCUUGAGGUUCUCCAUUCCGUAAUUACUAGCUCUUCUUCUCCAAGCCGAGGGCCCAUGUCCUUUCUGAUGCAUAUACAUAAUAAUACCUGCAUUUUCGGCAUCAUCCUGUUUGACAAUUUGGGAAACUGAGGCAUGAACCUAGUAGACUGGUUCGUGUUCAAGCCGCCUGGAGGCAACGUGGGACUGCCCUUCCACACCAGAGCACCCUCUCUCAAGCUGGUUGGUGGGCAGGUGAUGGGGCACUGUGCCCAGAAAUGGGGCUGAAAGUGUCCACUCCAUUAUCCUUUCCUCCCCUCUAAGGUCAAAAAAGGAAAGUGGGGCCCCUCCCUCUUCCCAGGACAUUGUACCCUCCCCCCACUCCUUACCACUCUGCUAACCUUCAGAACAGUGCUGUUGCCUUUACUCACUAAGAAGAAAUAAAGAUGUGCCAUAGCCUUCCA